UUAAUAUACACUCAGCCGCGACCGUCAAAAAUUCUUGGAGUCGCCACCAAAGUUGCCUACUGGUCAUGUCGCUUGCCCACCGGGAUAAAGUAUGCCGUUGAAUAUUAAUGGUGGGAUUUGCCCAGAUGUCGGGCAUGCGCCUGUCACUCAAGUGGCAGGGCUGAACCGAAAACAGUCAGUUGGCGUGCCAAGCAGACUAUUUGUAGCUUAAUCCGGACCAUCUCUUGGCGUUGUUUUACGUAUCUCUUACUUAGGCUUAGGUAGCUAACUGAUUCUUCAUCGCUGAGGACCCGGGCAUUUUCUGAUUCCUUUUGUCGCUUCUGUUAGAAUAGUCCCCGCGUAAACUGCUAUCGGCCGUUCGGGCAAUGUCGGGACUUUGAAGUGCAACUCAUCCAUCGCCCACCACUUUUAGACGGCCCGGUUUAUUAUUGUUGACGGAAGCUUGACAUAACAGUUGUCUUCUCAGCGAUUUUUCUUGGGCAUCUCCUACUAGCUCCCUCCUUCCCUCCGUCGUAACAAAGCCGUCGUGACAACUCACCAUGAACUGCCCCUCGCGAACCGACGACACCCUGGGGCAUCCAGGCUGGAACCAGAACCCGCCGCCUCUGAACGCCGACGCAACAACCCGGGAGGACUUCAAUGGAAUGGCCAAUUCCAAGGUCCGCAGAGGACAUAUAUCCGGCCUGGGCGAAGGAGGCGGCAUCUCAGUGCUAGAAAGCCCGGUCCCAGUCCCCAAUAGUAGGGACGAGUCGGCCCUCAAGGCGGGCGCAGCCGGCGGGGCGGUCUCUGCAUACUCCAGGCACCAGCCUGAGAGAAACAGUGAUUCGCCUCGCCGUUCUUUUCCAGCCUUUCCGCAUAUCUCUUCCAUUCCAGCUCGCGUCUCCCAGAGCCUCCUCAAGUUCGCCCGUUUCGUCGGGCCAGGUUUUCUUGUUGCUGUCGCCUAUAUCGACCCAGGAAACUAUGCCACCGAUGUUGCAGCCGGUGCGGACUUUCGAUACGCGCUCCUCUUUAUCGUCCUCCUGUCGAACCUGUUCGCGAUCUUCCUGCAGUCGCUAUGUAUAAAGCUUGGGACAGUGACAGGGUUGAACCUCGCGGAGAAUUGCAGGGAGCAUCUUCCCAAAUGGUUGACGAUCAUCCUGUAUAUCUUCGCUGAGGCAGCUAUUGUUGCAACGGAUAUAGCAGAGGUCGUGGGCUCUGCAAUCUCCCUCAACCUCCUCCUUAAUAUCCCACUUGUUGCGGGCUGCGCCAUCACCCUGGCAGAUGUUCUCUUUAUCCUGAUCUUCUACAGACCGAAUGGCUCAAUGUGGGGUCUGCGGCUGUUUGAGUUCUUUGUCAUGGCCUUGGUGCUGGGAGUAGUCAUAUGCUUCUGCAUCCAGCUAUCUCUCAUCAAAGAGCAGUCGAUCGGAGACGUGUUCCGCGGCUACCUCCCGUCCCCGGCCGUAGUUCAAUCUAAUGGGUUAUACCAAAGCUGCGGCAUCCUCGGCGCAACUGUCAUGCCCCACUCCAUGUUCUUAGGCAGUGGUAUUGUACAGGCCCGCCUCAAAGAAUUCGACGUCAUCUCCGGCUACGCCGACCCAACCGUCUGCAUUGGCAGUACAAACGGUGAAGUCGAGUACCGCCCAUCUCUCCGUGCAAUUCGCGGCUGCAUGAAAUACUCAAUCAUUGAGCUCGCUCUGUCCCUAUUCACCUUCGCACUCUUUGUGAAUAGCUCCAUCCUCAUUGUUGCUGGUGCUUCCCUCUACAACACCCCCUCUGCAACAGACGACGCAGACCUCUUCGGUAUCUACAACCUUUUAUCGUCUUCCAUCUCCAAAGCGGCGGGGACGGUCUUCGCACUGGCCCUUCUCCUUUCCGGUCUUUCUGCCGGCAUUGUCUGCACCAUGGCCGGACAAAUGGUGUCCGAGGGGAUGCUCAACUGGAGUAUUCGCCCUUGGCUCCGUAGGCUCAUCACCCGUUCUAUCAGCAUCAUCCCCAGUAUUGUGAUUGCUGGGGCGGUGGGGAAGGAAGGCCUUAAUAAGACGCUUACAGCUAGCCAGGUCGUGCUCAGCGUUAUACUACCCUUUGUCAGCGCGCCGCUUGUUUAUUUUACUUGCCGCAACCGGUACAUGACUGUGCCCAUGGAGCGGGUACAUGAUGCAGAUGCAGAUAUAGAUACAGACGAGCAGACCCAGCCUCAGAACGCCGCAGAAGGUGACGACAACGGUGGCAGUGCUACCGACGGCGUCAAAAUGGGCAAUGGACUUCUUGUUUCUGCUAUAGCCGUCUUGGUCUGGGUCAUUAUCGCGGUCAUGAAUGUGGCCUUGCUUGUCCUUGUAGGGAUGGGCAAGGCUUAACUAACAAACUAACCUUCUAUUACCUAUUUCUUUAUAUAAAAAUCUCUGAAAUUAGGUAGGUAGAAUUAAGAAACCAAUCAAUCCCUGUUAGCUACCUU